AGUCCCGCCGCGCCGGGGCGCGGACCCUGCCGGCAGCCAUUAUCUGGGAGCGCUCCGCCGGGCGUUGGGGCCGCUCCGCCGCUGGUCCGAGCCCGCGGCCCCGCCGCGCUGGGCCCGCUAUGGCCGCGUAGCCUCGGCCGCAGCCUCCCCUUCCUGCCCACUGUGCUCGAGGAAGGCGCGGGCGGCGGCGCGGCCUAGCUCGGAGGGCGGAUCCUCGGCCUCGCGUAGCGGCGGCUGCCCGCGGAGGGCCGCCCUCCUCGGGGGGGGCCAUGUCCCUGGUGGCCUAUGCUAGCAGCGAAGAGGAGAGCGAUGCGGAGGAGCCCGCGGGCGAUGAGGAGGAAGCGGCCGCUCCUGCUCCUCCUCCCGCCGCAGCCCAGCAGGCCCCGGCCCGGGGCCUCUUCGCUUCUCUGCCUCCCCCCAAGGCCCCCGCGGGGCCGCCGCCGCCUCCCUUCCCUAUGGGCCCCCCGCCCGGCCUGAGGGGCUUCGGCACCGGGCCCGAGCCGGGGGGGAGCGGGGGGGAGCAGCAGCCGCGGCUCGGGGGGCUCCUCCUGCCCCCCCCCAGGAACGCGGCCACCCCCGAGGCCCCGAACGUGGCCGCUCCGAGCGCGGCCGGGCCCGAUUUGAGCCUCCCCAAGGGCAAGAAGAGGACGGAGCCGGUGCGGAUCCCGGUGCCGGAGCUGCCCGGGGCUGAUUCAGAUUCCGAGGAAGAUGAACCAAGCAAGAAGAAAAAUCCUCUGCAGAGCCGCGGCGAGGGCUCGGGUUUGUCGGCGCUGCUUCCCCAACCCAAGAACCUGAGCGUGAAGGAGAGCAACCGCUUGCUUUUACCCUACUCCGUGUCGAGGCGAGCGGGUGAGAGCCCCUCUGACUGCAAAGCGAAGGCGCCCGCCUCGUCCUCCAAAGCCAAACCUCCCUCCAAGCCAGCAGUGCCCACGACUCCUUCUCCCUCGGCUAUCAAAGCCGCUGCCAAGAGCGCGGCGCUGCAGGUAACCAAACAGAUCACGCAGGAAGAGGAGGACAGCGACGAGGAGCUCGAGCCAGAGAACUACUUCUCCUUGUCUGACAGGAGCGAGCCCGGCGCGGUGGGUGCCGACACCUACCUGUACUCUGGCCCUGGGGUGCCCGAGGAACCCCCCCCCGGCACGGAGCCAGAGCCCCACUUCCAGGACGCUGCUGCCAACGCGCCUCUGGAGUUCAAGACGGGCGCAGGCUCCAGUGGGGCUCAGCACAGUUGGGUGCCCAAGCCUGGGGAGGAUUACAGCAGCCAAGCCUAUGGCCAGUUCCCUGCCUAUGGCGAGCCUGGGGCCUAUUAUCAGGAUUACUACAGCAGUGGCUACUACCAGGAGGUGGAACCGGUGCAGGCGGCAGCACAGGAGAUGAGCAACGACUCCUCCUUCAUCGAUGAUGAAGCGUUCAAGCGGCUGCAGGGCAAGAGGAACCGAGGGCGGGAGGAGAUCAACUUUGUGGAUAUCAAAGGUGAUGAUCAGCUCAGCGGAGCCCAGCAGUGGCUCACCAAGUCCUUGACGGAGGAGAAGACCAUGAAGUCCUUCAGCAAGAAAAAAGGAGACCAGCCCACGGGGCAGCAGAGGAGGAAGCACCAGAUCACGUACCUGAUCCAUCAGGCCAAGGAGCGAGAGCUGGAGCUCAAGAACACUUGGUCUGAAAACAAGCUCAGCAGGCGCCAGACCCAGGCCAAAUACGGAUUCUGACUCCUGUGCCCUGCUCCAUGGCUGUGUCCCAGGGGACCUCCGGUGUUGGACUGCUCCUGGGCAGCACCCAGGCCCUCCCCUCGGCCAUGAGAAGGG